UCCUCCCCAACUACCUACAACUCAGCUCCCAUUCGCUGGCUACUUUCAUCACCACAUAAAAGACUGAACCAGAGUACAGUAUUACAUACUUUGCUGCAGAUUACAAGGCAAAGGAAAAAACAAUAACCAAAAGAAUGGAUCCCAGCCACUCUAUCAAUCAGCCUCCAGGGUCUUCAAAUUCAUCUGAGAAAUCAGGGAUGCCAGAAGCACCACCACCAGCAUACCAUCACAAUCCUGCUGGAUAUCCUCCCGCCUUUCCAAACCAACCGGUCCCCCAGGGCACGUACACCCAGGGGCCAUAUCCAGGACAGCCUGCGGUCACUGUACAGCCUGCUGUUUUUGUGACCCCCGCUCCACUGGCCAAUCCAGUGCCAGAUUACCUGCCCUAUUCCAUCUUCACCAUGCUGUGCUGCUGCUUACCUCUGGGCAUUGCUGCACUCAUUUACUCCAUCUCUACUCGAGAUGCCAACUUCGCAGGACAGCGAGAAUUAGCAGAGAAGAACUCCAAAACGGCGCUCAUCCUGAAUCACCUCGGCCUUGGUAUUGGCCUCGUUGUCGUUGUAUUGAUCAUCAUCAGUCAGAUUGUGAUUUUGACUGCUAGAUAAAGGCUGUUAGAGUUAACAUGGUUGGAUGCAGAUACUGUAACAAACUGAUGUUUUCUGUAUUAAUUUUUCUGUGUUUUAAAUGUUACUUUCACAAUUUAUCAUUGUUGUAUGUUUUAAAUAAACUUAUAUAAAAUGUUUAAA